AUGACUAGUUCCCGCAGAGCAACGGCGGCAUUUAUUUACGUGAUACACUUGACUGUGGCAUUCGCCCUAACACCGCCUUCGCCCGUCCACCAGUACCAGUACCUGCAGCAGCAGCAGCAGAAGAAAUGCGGCCUCUACGGACAGCCACCGUGUAUGUUUACUCCGGCUUCACCUGGGAGAACACCCAAAUGCGCCUCUCCCGGAAAGACCUACUGCGAAUAUAACGACGAUUAUCCGACGUAUUUGAUCCAGCAGUUGGUCGACAGAUUGGGCUAUAAACGCAUUUUGGCCAGUGAAGAACGCGUGGAAUUUAAUGCAAACCAGCAAGAGUACCAGCAUCAUUUUUACGGCCCGCAGAUGCAAAACGUGGCUUAUGGGCCAUUGUCAAAAAGCAAACCUGUCGCUUAUGAAGGCUACUCUUAUGACGUUCCCAAGCUACAGCAGCAGCUUAGCCAGAACUCCAUAGCUGUCGCGUACAUCCAUAAAACGGCGCUAUCUGCACCGGUACCGCAACCGAUUUACAUCCCAAAGCCUCAGCAAUCAAUUAAUCUCAACAGUUACGUGCGUCCUCCGGUGGUUCAUAAGCUACAAACAGCGAACUCCUUGCAUGGUUACUUCUAUCCUCGACCGGUCACUCAGUACAGCCCGGCCGAAUGGUUGAAACGUUUCGCACGUGAUCUCAGUGAGAAACGGACAUCGGUAGAGCGCUUUAGCACCGUCGACCACCGAGUGCCAAUCCCGAACGCUUUGAUCCCGACACCAUUUCGGUUGCCCCCGGAACUAGAAGUAAAACCGUCGCCGUUUCGACCUGCCGCCGCUGCCGCGUUCGGAUUGUUGCUUAACGAAACGACCUACCACGACAGUUUGGCUCGAUCGCGCCAGAAGCGUCAAGCCAGCGCCGGCCGGACGCAGCUCUGCCAAACAGAAGAACAGUUCGUCAUGCCUCAGGCGGCACUGAACACCAAAGGCAACUGGAUGUACGUUGUCAAUCAUAAUGACUCCCGACAGCUGGUGAAGACGGAAACUUGCUCGUCAACCGAGUGCUCCAAUCUGUGCAAUUUGCCAAACGGGUACAACUCCAGGUGCGAGCAGAAGUUCUACCAGAAGCGGUUAUUGACCCUGGACAGCAACGGGCAGAGUCUGUACGUCGACACUUACUGGUUCCCGAGCUGUUGCGUAUGCACUCUAGCGACGAACAACUGA